UCCCUCUCAUCCUUCGUCUGACUUCGACUUCCCUAAACAGCCUGUAACAAGUAAACAACCCCUGCAGCCACGUAUUCUACGAAAACAUAUGUAACGAUUACACUGGCUAAAUAAACAUGUAGACGAAGAAAGAACGAUAGAGGAAACAAUGGAGGACAAAGGGGAGUUAACGAAGACACCCUCACCCUUGAAUAUCAACGAGGCAAUCGAGGAAGAGGUGUUGAACCAAAAGUCUGCUAGAAUACUUAAGAACGAUCUUUUGCUAUACGAAGCCGUAAUUAAGAACGAAGCGGACACCGUUCGGAAAGUACUCAAAGAAACCGUCGACGUCAACUCGAAAAAUAAUUAUGGUAGAGCACCAAUUCAUUGGGCAGCAUCCAGAGGCAACACUGAGAUCAUCGAGAUGCUGAUACAAUCGAAAUGCGACAUCGAAGCCAAAGAUAAGUUCGGCAUGCGCCCUUUACACAUGGCCGCGCGGUAUGGACACAGGGACGCGGUGAAAAUGUUAAUCAACGCUGGGGCAAGCGUGUCCGCGAUGAACAAGAAACAGCACACCCUUUUAAUGUGCGCUGCUCGAGGCAACAACAUCCGCGUCGUCGAAUACCUUUCCGAGGCCGUGGAAUCGUUGAACGGCGAUGCAACGGAUUGCACCGGUGCGACUGCACUUCAUCAUGCAGCCAGCGCUGGUCAUCCGGCUAUGAUAACCGCCCUCUCCAAUAUAUCACGGAUCGAGCUGAAUGCCACGGAUAAAAAAGGGCAGACACCUAUCCAUUGUGCUUGCGCGGAGGAGCAUCUGGAGGCUGUCGAGGUUCUGAUAGGGCUCGGGGCGAACGGGGACGCGCAGGACAACGAAGGGAACACACCGCUGCACGUGGCCACAAGAACAAGGCACACAGCCAUAGCUCAAUUAUUAUUAAAGGCCGGGGCGAACACCGAGCUGACCGACGAAAUGGGUUUCACUCCGCUUCACGUUGCCGCGAGUCAAGGCUGCAAAGGGAUCUUGGACUCGAUGAUUCAACACGGCGCAGCGCUCAACAAACAGUGCAAGUACGGGAACACGCCUUUGCACUUGGCCUGUCAGAACAACGAAGUAGAAACGGUGGAGAUACUGAUCAAUAAGGGCGUCGAUUUGAAUUGUUUAAAUUCGGUGGGUAAGAUCGAUGUUCCUCUUAGGACAGAUUCUGAUUCGUUCCUUUUUCUGUUUCAGAGACUACAAUCGCCUAUACAUAUCGCCGCCGAGAUGGGACACACGGACAUUUGCGAGCUUUUGCUUGCAGCAGGUGCGAAUAUCGAGCAAAGGGAACAGAGCGGGAGAACGCCACUUUACAUUGCGGCGAGGGGUAGUUUCACAGCCAUCGUGGACAUGAUCAUUAAAACAGCGAGAUUGGACUACCCCACACCGGAAGAUUCGACGGUUGAAAAGGAAAUUCGAGACCUAACCCCGGCAAGAAGAAGAUGGCGAGAAGGAUCCAGGGGUGGAAGUAUCUCCAGCAACAAUAGCGGUCUUCCAGAGUACGUUCGAUCGGUUUUAUGGAAGUUGGCGUACAAACAAUUGGGACCCGAAGACUGGAAGAAAUUGGCACUCCAUUGGGCUUUCACCCAGGAUCAGAUUCGGGCUAUCGAGCAUCAGUACACGGCUCCUAUUAUAGGUCGUUCGAGUUACAAGGAACACGGUUUCCGGAUGCUGAUGAUCUGGGCCUCGGGAUUGAAUCCGGAAGUUCCCAUAACCAAGGAACUCUGCGACGCUUUGUUUGCGGUAGAUAAAAAGUCCAUUGCUGAGUCUGUUCGCAAGCACAUGGAUCAAGAAAAAGAGGGGAAAUUGAAGUUGAGUAAACAGCGUUGCCAUAAAUGCUCCAUCGCGUAAACGUACUGAUUUAUUAUUCCUCUUAAGGUGCGGAAUUAAAUUUUAAAAAUGGAAGAAGGGACUUUGAUAGAAAAAUUGGAGAGUUCUAGCGAUACUUCCGUUGUGACAUAUCUCUAUAGACGCUCACCUUACCUUUUUUACAGUAUGUUACAUUAUAGAAACAUUAUUAUUAUAGAGACGAGGAAAAAAAAUGAUCAACGAAACGAUACAAAUCAACGAAAGCUUUCGAUGUAACGCGAAAUCGAUUCGAAACUCUUUGAAAAUCAAUUAGGAAAUGAUAAAUCAUUUCUAAGUAUUUUUGGAAAAUUGGCAUCAAAUCUAUUCGUUUCUUAACAAACAUAAAUUUUCACGAUCAACUAAACCGUCCUAUCUCAAUUCAUUCUCCAUUAUAAUUUGAAGGUGAUUUUUUGAAAUAUAAAGAUACGUACCUUAGAGUAAGUAAAAGCAAAGCAGUUUUGCAGGGCUUUCGAUGUGAUAAAAUCGUAGAUUAGCUGACGAUCAGGAAAGGAAAUACGUCUCAAAGCUUUCAGUAAUCGUACAAUUCGAUAAAGACAAUCCACAUAUCCGAGAACCGUGUACAAUUAAAUAAAUACGUAAUUAAAUGUGUACAUAUCUUUUCUCGUGAUUCAUGCUCAAGUAGAAAACGCAGUGAGGUAGAAAUU